AUGCCGAGCAGCUCCAGCGAGUCGCGCCCGGACCACCCUCGAAAACUGCGGAGAAAGGAAAUGCGCACACCUCGGGAUGCCGUGGGUGGGCGAAAGCACACACAUGAAAUCUCAGGUAGCUACCGCGCCUCCGGGACCCAGCUUCCCGUGUCCCCCAAGCUUGACAUUUUGAGUCAAGAUGAGCUACGCAAAAGGCUGUACAAGACAUUUAAGGAUCGGGGUAUACUGGACUCUCUCAAGAUACAACUGAGAAACCAGCUAAUUCAUGAAUUGAUGCACCCCGUUAUGAGUGGAAAACUGAAGCCCCAGUCCAUUCCUGUGGAGGGGAGUGCCCUCUUAAUAGGUGCUUCCAACUCUCUCGUUGCAGAUCAUCUCCUAAGAUGUGGAUAUGAGUACUCACUUUCUGUCUUCUUUCCAGAAAGUGGUUUGACAAAAGAGAAGAUACUUACGAUGCAGGAUCUAUUACAACUCAUUAAAAUCAACCCUGCUUCCUGUCUCUACAAAUCACUGAUUUCAAGAUCUGAACAAGAAAACCAAAAAGGUUUUCUUAUGCAGUUUUUAAAAGAGUUGGCAGAAUAUCACCAGACUAAAGACAGUUGUGAUGUGGAAACUCAAACAAGCCUACCAUUUCCUAACAAAGACUCCCUUGCCGAGAAGCUUCAACUUAUUGAUGAUCAGUUUGCAGAUGCUUGCACGCAAUAUCCUAAGUUAGAAUCUUUAGAAAGAAAGUUAAAUGAAUAUAAGAGAGAAACAGAACAGCAACUGCGGGCAGAAAUGGUCCACAAGUUGAAAUAUUUUAAAGAUACUGAAUUAGCAAAAGUUAGAAUGGAAGAGAAGAGAAAGUACGAGAAGGAAUUAGCUGAAUUCCGGAAUGAAUUUGAUAAAAUUUACCAAGCAAAAUCCGAAGCCCUCAUUUGUCGGGAGAAGAAUACCCUGGAGAGGAUUCAAAAGCAUCAGGAGAUUGAGACAAAAGAGAUCUAUGCCCAGAGGCAAGUUCUACUAAAGGAUAUCGAUAUGCUAAGAAGCAGAGAAUCAGAACUGAAACAAAAAAUCGAAGCUUUUGAAAUGACCCAGAAACUACAAGAAGACAAAAACAAGACUGUGGAGGAUGCACUUAGGAGACGAGAGCUGAACAUAAAGAUACUCGAGGACACCUAUGACCAAAAGCUCAAGAAUGAACUGCUAAAGUAUCAGCUUGAACUCAAGGAUGACUAUAUCGCGAGAACUAAUCAACUGAUGGAAAAUGAGAGGAAAAAUAAAGAAAAAUCCAUGCAUUUGGAAGAAGAGCUCAAAGUCAUAAAUUCCAAAAAGCAAGACCUCAUUCAGUCUGUAAAUCAAGCAAAAGAACUUGAGCUAGAGAUCGAGUCGCUCAGAACCCAGUGUUUGGCAAUAACAAAGCAAAACCAGUUGCUGAGUGAAAAGAUUAAAGAGAUGAGUGACUAUUCCUACAUGAAAGAAGAGAAAGUGGAGCUGCAGGCCCAAAAUAAGUUCCUGAAGCAACAAUUGGAAGAGAGUAGAAAGGAAAACAUGCUUCUCCUAAACCGCAUGGCCCAGCCACCUCCUGAACUUGUCAUUUUUCAGAAAGAGUUAAAGAAAGCUGAAAGUGCCAUUCAGCUUGAGCAGAAAGAAUUUGAAUCUUGCAAACAAGCUCUGGAAAAACGACUGCAGAGUGAAAUUGAGUAUUCGUCACAACUGAAGGCUCAAAUAGUGGAUUAUGACACAUCUGUAAAGAGGCUAACUACUCAGAUUGCAGACUUGAAAUUGCAACUGAAGCAAACCCAAACAGCUCUACAGAAUGAGGUGUACCGCAACCCGAAGCCUUCACUCCUCGAUCCUUCCGUCAGUGGACUCCUGAGUGGCAGGACGGGGUCCUUCGACAGCGAGCUGUGUGGGGAUUUCUUGAAAAACCCUCUGGCCCAGGACAAGGCCCUGGCAAUGGCAGUUGUGUCCAGGAUCACAACUCAUGCCAAUGGCAGUUCUCCGGACUCUGAUACGGAGUUUGUAGCCAACACCAAAGCCAGGGUGCGGGAGCUUGAGCAAGAGGCUGAACGCUUGGAAAAAGCUUUCAGAAACUAUCAUCGAAGAGUCGCUCUCAACCCUUCUACAAGCCCGCCACGAGCAAAGAGUCCGCCGCCCCUGCACAUGCUGGGACUUCCCAGGAAUGCCACCUUAAGUUCCUCAGAAAGACAUCUUUUUGUAGAGGACAGACUUGACCCUGACGCGCGUCUGGAGGGCAUCCUGAGAGAGAACAAGAGCAAGGCGCUGGACAUGCCGACAGGCAGCUUGGCCUUGCAGCCAAGGAGAACCUCUUCCUUGAAGUGCCUCUCAUCCACACCAACCCCCAAAACCAAGGGGAGUCAAGAGAGUGAGAUAUAUCUGGAAGGUCUGGCCCGAUCCCACUUGGCCGCCCCUGAAGCCUGUCCCGACCCAACCCCGCAGCCCUCGCCCACCGAGUCCACGCACAGCCUUUCCAGCCCUGCGGAGCCAAAGCAGUGUCUUUCUCCAAACCCAGCUGAACUGCAAGACAGAAGUGGACUUUCCAAUGUGGAAAAACUCACGUCUAAGGAUAAUGAGGAACUGGAGUCAUCUUUUGCAUAUGCUGGGAACAUGCCAAGGUUGUUUGAAGUGGAUGAGCUACUACCAGCAGGUGACAUGCCUCCCAUGGAGACCCUCUCUGCUGCCAUGCCUGCCUCGUAUCACUACCCGGAUGUAGAACAGAAACAGAGCGGAACACUCAAGGAAGAGGAGAGCAUAUGGGAGCAGCUCGCAAAAGAACGAAGGCAGAAAGAAGAACGAAGGCUGAGUGAACAACAAGAAGCUUUCGAAAAGGAACAGAGAGAACUAGAAAAGCUGGAUCAAGAAAGGAGGAUAAUUGAAGAAUCAUUGAAAAUUGAAAUGGAAAAAGAAUUAGAAACAAGUGUGCAAGAAAUGAAAGACAAAUCUGAUAGAGGUGAAAAUGCCUUAGAGAAAUACAUGAAAAUCAUUCAGGAGCAGAGAGAUCAAGAUUCAACAGACAAGAGCUCAAACAAGAUAACUGGUAAAGAAAGCUCACUAGUGGACGUGCUGCCAGCUAGUGACAAAGAUGAAAGUACCAGAUGA